CGCUCCGCCCGUCGCAGGAAGCGGAAGUUGGGAGAGGUGGCGGUUGUGGCAGUUGCGGGGUUUGUCGUGAGGGAGUUGCUGUGCGCUCCGGUAACGUCCUCGGUGGGGGCGUGAGCCCGGGGGCUGAGACUUAAGUAGUUAGGAAGAGCUGACUGCUAAAGAGAAAAUGACAUCUCUAGAAAAAGCUGAUGAUGCCUCAUCACCCAUCAGAGGACCUGGAGAUGGCAUGGAAACAGAGCAGACAGCUGAAUUGGUGGAAGCAAUCACUGGAGCCAAUGCUACGAACCAUCCCAUUCACCAGAGCCCACAUAAAAAGGCAGUCUCUUCCCUGAGUCCUGGAGUUCUGCAGCUAGGGAAAGUACACACUGAUAAAUCAGUGGAGAUUGAAGCUAUUCGUAUAUUAGUCCCCAAAGCAGCUAUCACCCACGUUGUUCCUACUAAAAAUGCUAGGGUAGCUAAGUCAGUGGGACAUAAAGGAGACACAUUCCAUCAGUCAGAUGGAGCUGCAGAUCCCAAGAAAGAACAGGUAGAGCUAAAAAAUGCAGUCGAAAAGCUAAAGAAUUCAGAGAAGCGCUUGUUACAGGAUAAAGAAGGUCUCUCUAAUCAGCUGCGUAUACAGACAGAGGUGAAUCGGGAGCUGAAGAAAUUACUUGUUGCUUCUGUUGGGGAUGAUCUGGAGUAUCACUUUGAACGGAUGGCUCGUGAGAAAAAUCAGCUAAUCCUAGAAAAUGAAGUCCUGGGCCGGAAUAUGUCUCAGUUGUCUGAACAAUUAGAGCGCAUGUCUAUACAAUGCGACGUGUGGCGAAGCAAAUUCCUAGCAAGCAGGGUUAUGGCUGAUGAGCUAACCAAUACCAGAGCAAUUCUUCAGCGUCAAACCAGGGAUGCACAAAGCGCAAUCCAGGACUUGCUGAAUGAACGUGAUCAGUUCCGUCAAGAGAUGAUUGAUACACAGAAGCUGCUGGAGGAGCUGAUGGUUUCUCUUCAGUGGGGGAGACAACAGACAUACUAUCCUAGUGCCCAACCUUACACUACAACAGAGCUAGCAGCUGUGAAUUGUAAGCUAGCCAAAGCUGUUAGCUCACAUCUUCUUGGAAAUGUUGGCACUAGCAGUCCAAAAAAAUCUUCAACGGUUGUGGAGUUUUGCAAUACCCCCGCUGAGAAAAUGGCUGAAAUGGUGCUACGUGUACUGGAUCCAGCUGCACGUACAGAAACAACAGAAGUUUCUUUUUCUGAGACUUCUCCAUCCUCCUUCCUUUCCACAAAGAAUAAUAUUGGAAGGUUUCAUCCAUAUACAAGAUAUGAAGAUGUAACUUUCAAUUGUUGCAAUCACUGUCAAGGAGAGCUGAUAGCCCUUUAAAAACACAGCCAACACAACUGCACAUGCACUCUUUCUGAAGAAUGACACUAGUUAAUGUUCAGUAGGCUUCCCUUUUUUCCUAUUUCUUUCCAUAAUGGGUGGGUUUAACAUUGGAAAUUAUGCAGUUUCUGCUUCUUUACCUCUUGAAGUUAGGGACUGACAGGAUUUCCUUAGCCUCUGGGAUAUUUCUACUACUUUUAAGUCUGGAAAGUUACUUUAUUUUCUUCUACAAAGGCAAGACCUAAAAUGUUAUGCUGGUCCAAUUUCUAGAGCAUAGAGAUGCCCUUGACUAUUUAAGGUUUGCAGUCAUCUUAGCAAAUCUAAAUGAAUUUCUCUUUAGAGGGAGACAAAAGUGUAACUAGACCAAAGUAAAUGAAGUGCUGAUAGGUUAUGUUUAAAAAAAACAAAACAACAAAAAAAGCAAUGGAAAAUGGUCAGCUCCAUAUUAGGUUGUGGUUUUUUGGUUUGGUUGGUUUUGGUUUUGUCUUAGCCAAGGUGAUGAACUGUCCCCAUGUCUAUGUUCAGCCUUUUAAAUUUAGUUAUUAAAAAAGGAAUAUGUGCAAUGAUUCUUCAUAACUCUAAGCUCUGAAAGUAAGAGCAUAUGCAGUGUUGGCAGCUCUCCUGGGAAGAGGGGAAAGACCUUGAAUGAACUCUAGCUAUAAUAUAUAAACAGUGGUUUUACAUGGAUUCUGGAAAACUGUGCAGGGUGAGAUUAUUCUUAUGUUUUCUGAAAACUAAAAUAAUGGCUUCUCCACCUAUUUUGGCUUCUAGAAUGAAGCUGUUGUUGCAUAGGUGAUUGUCAGCAAAGAUAGACUGAUAUACCUCCUUUAGUACGUAGUCGUGCAACCUGACCCAGCAUUAGAACUCAGCCCUUGCCCAAGGUCUUCCUGGGUGUUAUGGGAAGCUGAAGAUAAGCACUAAGUUUGCACAGGUACUGGUAAAAAAAAUACA